GGUGGGCGUUUUUUUUUUUUUCGCUGUCGGGAUUAGGUUCAGCUUUAACGGACUCACUCACUGUUAAGGAAUAAUGCGAAUUGUUGAAACCUACCAGAGGUUGGAAAAAGCAGGUCAAACAAUGACUGGAUGCAUCGGUGGACGAAACAUUGUGGGUUUUUGUAAGAACAGCCGCAGAUGUUAUGAAUAGAAAGUGUCGCGUUUAGAAGAAAAUGAGCGACAGAAUACUCCUAAAUGCUAGUUUCAACCCCAACUAUCAACUGCAUAUAGUAGUGGUCCCUGAAGAUGCUCAGCAGUUGGUGACAGUUAAAGAAGAAGCCCCUGAAGAACAGAGCUCUGAUGUGGACCAGCAGGACUCAGAGCCCCCCAACAUAAAGAAGGAAGAGGAGGAAGCGUGGACCACUCAGGAGGGAGAUCGGCUCGAUGUGAAGAAUGAGACUGAUGCCACCAGGUUUCCUUUGACUUCAGUUUCUGUAAAGACUGAGGAUGAUGAAGAGAAACAGCUGCUCUCACGGUUUCACCAGCAUCAAAUGGAAGAUUUUCCAGCCAGCAGCUCCGAUGAUCAGAUGGAAGCAGUAACUGGUGGAGAGGACUGUGAGGGUGUGGAAAUAGUCUGGAAUCCUGAUCUAAAGACUUAUGAUGACAAUUGUAACUCGUCAGAGCCUGACGUCAGUGAGGAUGCUGAAGAGGAUGAUGAUGAUGAUGAUACCAGUACAGACUCUCAGCAGAAAGACUUCUCAAAAUCUGAAGAUUGGGACAAAGACUGGAAGGAAAGCAGGUCUUUUGAGUCGAGUGUAAACGCAUUUAUCUGCCCUGAGUGUGGUGAGCAAUUUCCCCACAACCAGUCUCUUCAGCGACACAUGAGCUGUCAUUUAGGAACAUGGUCAUUAAGCAGUUUGGGUAAUAGUAAAUAUGUCAGAGUGAACGAAGAUGAAGAGUCGCCCAAAGACAUCCAGACAAAACCCAAGGUUUUUAGUUGUGACGACUGUGGUAAGAUUUUUAACAGAAAAACCAAUUUAAACAGACACACGAGGAUCCACACGGGACAGAAACCGUUCAGUUGUUACUUUUGUGGACGAAGGUUUAGCGAUAAAGCAAACUUUAACCGGCACGUGACAAUCCACACAGGACAGAAACCAUUUAGUUGUGACGUAUGUGGACACAGAUUCAGCCUCGAAAGCGAGCUAAACUCCCACGUGAUAAUCCACACAGGACAGAGACCUUGCACUGUCUGCGGGCAAAUUUUCAGCCAAAAAAUGGACUUGGACCGACACAUGAGAAUCCACACAGGACAGAAACCAUUUGGGUGU